CCCUAAGGUUUUCAGGUUCGAAGCUUAUCAGGAGCUGUCUGAUCCGUCGACAAGAAAUAUUUGCUCCGGUUUUAAAUUGGUUUUGUCCGUGGACGGUGGAUUUCUCAGAAUUAAUUAUUAAAGAAAUGAAGAGAUGAUCGUCUUCCUAAACAAAACACACUCAACCAAUAUUCCAAACUGACAAACGUGCCCCAGUUGCUACUCUCCCUCUCUCUCUCUCUCUCUCUGCAACUCUUUCGUACCAAACUCCAUUUCUCAAUUCCCAGAUCAAACCUUCAACUCUUCAACCUCUUCUACCCCAAUCCCACUUCAAUUCCAAAUCCCACUCCACCCAUCUGCCAAUUUACACACAAUUCAACGAUAGAGAGGGAGAGAGAGAGAGAGAGAGGGAGAGGGAGGGAGAGAGAGAAAAUAUACAAGCAUAGGCAUAUCUAUACAGAGGCACAAGGGUAUGAAGAGAUUAAAGAGCUACUACUCCCACCUCCGAAACCCUCUAACGGUCAAACAAAAGUGGAUCUUUCCACUAGCCCUCGGCUCCAUUUUCUCUCUCUUCCUCCUCUUCCUCACAACCCUAACCUCCCCUGCCGGCACCCCACUCGUCCCCCUCUUCCGCCCCUCCUCCUCUGCCGCCUCCACCUUCGUUGAAUCAAAGCUCCGCCCGAUCCCCAUCUCCCCCCUCCCCCUCCUCCCCCGCUUCGCCUACCUCGUCUCCGGCUCGGCCGGGGACGGUGACAUGCUUAAAAGAACCCUUCUGGCACUCUACCACCCGAAUAAUAGGUACAUUGUCCACCUGGACGCUGAGUCAUCGCCCGAGGAGCGGCUUGAUCUGUUGGAUUUCGUUAGGGGGAACUCUGUGAUGGGGAGGUUUGGGAAUGUGAUGGUGAUGAAGAAGGCGAACCUGGUGACGUACCGGGGGCCGACCAUGGUGGCGAACACGCUGCACGCGGCCGCGAUUCUGUUGAGGGAAGGUGGAGAGUGGGAUUGGUUUAUUAAUCUGAGUGCUGCGGAUUACCCUCUUGUUACUCAAGAUGAUCUGCUUCACGCUUUCUGGUACUUGCCGCGGGAUCUUAACUUCAUUGACCAUACAAGUGAUAUCGGGUGGAAAGCGUUUCAGCGAGCAAAACCUGUAAUUGUUGAUCCAGGGUUGUAUAUGUCGAAGAAAUCUGAUGUUUUCUGGAUUACUCAGCGAAGGAGUGUCCCAACAGCCUUCAAGCUAUUUACAGGUUCUGCUUGGGUGGCACUUUCUCGACCUUUCAUUGACUUUUGCAUAUGGGGAUGGGACAACUUACCCCGGACAGUCCUCAUGUACUAUGCAAAUUUCAUCUCCUCACCAGAAGGCUAUUUCCAUACCGUCAUCUGUAAUGCUCAAGAGUUUCAGAACACCACUGUAAACAACGAUCUCCAUUUCAUAUCAUGGGACAACCCUCCCAAGCAGCACCCCCACUACCUCUCUCUUGCUGACAUGUCAAGAAUGGUCAAUAGUAACGCCCCAUUUGCGAGAAAGUUCCACCACGAUGAUCCGGUGCUUGACAAGAUUGAUUCUGAGCUUCUGUCUCGUGGUCGAGGAAUGGUGGUCCCCGGUGGAUGGUGUGUGGGGAAUGGGGAAAAUGGGACUGAUCCUUGCUCUGUUGUGGGUGAUAUCACAGUUCUCAGGCCUGGUGAUGGUGCAAAAAGGUUGGAAAAUCUGAUCAAAUCUCUUUUAUCAGGUGGUCAAUUUCGACAAAGGCAGUGCAAAUAGGAAAUCUUGUUUUGAUAAGAGGCCCGUAUCACAUAGGAAAGAUGGCCCCAUAGGGUAUAAAUAGUACAUGUAGAAAAAUGAGUGCUAAGAGGUUUAAUGAUGCAACUUGUAGGCUCGAGGCACUUUGGGGACUCAGCGGGCACUUUGGGGACUCAGCGGGAAGUAAUGAGUUAGAAACUGGGACCUUUUCCUGUUGGAGUUACUUGGGAAGUGAAUCGUUUUCCAUGAGAGAAGCAUGGGAAUUUUAGGAUACUAAAGACUGCUGGAAAUCUAUAGGAGGAUUACCGGUUGUUGAUUCUUGGUCGGUAGUUUCGUUUGGCCAUGAACUAUGACUAAAAUGAUCUGAAAGGUGGAUGGUAUACCGUCACAUGUAUGUUGUCUCUAGUGUACACUCAGAACAAUUGUUUUUGGGCUGGCCAUUUAUUUACAGUGAAUCAAUGAUAAUAUUCUUCUACUGCCUUUA